UAGUCAAUCUAUUACAGAGGUCCAGUUCAUAUUGCAGGAUCUCAUGGUGUGAGCCUCAAUUUACAUCCCAGACCUUCACAGUGCACUAUUGAAUCACUGCAAUACUAGUGUUCGACAGAUCAUGAAGUUACAACUCCCCAAUCCAGGCCUGGAGGACAGAAUACUGUCCCAUCAGCAGCUGGACAAACUGGAGAAGGACGAGGCUGGAGACAGACCAAAAUGGGACAACAAGACCCAGUACAUGUUGACCUGUGUUGGGUUUUGUGUGGGACUUGGAAAUGUCUGGCGGUUCCCCUACUUGUGUCAGAGUCAUGGAGGAGGAGCAUUUAUGAUACCAUUUUUGAUCCUGCUGGUUCUUGAAGGAAUCCCACUUCUGCACCUUGAGUUUGCUAUUGGUCAACGUUUAAGAAGAGGCAGUUUGGGAGUGUGGGCUACAAUUCAUCCCUAUUUGACUGGCAUUGGUAUUGCAUCUAUGUGUGUAUCUCUGACGAUCAGCCUCUACUACAACACCAUUAUGGCCUGGAUUCUGUGGUACUUGUUUAAUUCAUUUCAAGAGUCUCUGCCUUGGAGCCAAUGUCCCAUGAAUGCUAAUUUGACAGGUAUUGUCUCCGAGUGUGAGAGGAGCUCCCCUGUGGAUUAUUUCUGGUACAGGGAGACCCUGAACACAACUCCAGCGAUUGAAGAAGACGGCGGUCUGCAGUGGUGGAUACUGUUAUGUCAUAUAUGUGCGUGGUCUGUCCUCUAUAUCUGCAUCAUUCGUGGUAUUGAGACCACCGGGAAGGCUGUGUAUGUGACUUCGACACUUCCCUACGUGGUGCUGACAAUUUUUCUGAUCAGAGGGUUGACCCUGAAGGGCUCUUUGAAUGGAGUUAAGUUUCUCUUCACACCAGACUUAACAGAGCUGGCUAAGCCAUCAACAUGGCUCGAUGCGGGUGCUCAAGUUUUCUAUUCCUUCUCUCUGGCUUUUGGUGGUCUUAUUUCCUUCUCCAGCUAUAACUCAGUGCAUAAUAACUGUGAACAGGAUGCAGUGAUUAUCUCUAUCAUCAACGGUAUCACCUCUGUCUAUGCGGCAACCGUCAUUUACACCAUAAUCGGCUUCAGAGCAACAGAGAGAUUUGACAACUGUCUUUCUGGAAACAUCCUAACAUUACUAAAUGUGUUUGAGCUUCCUGAGGGCAACAUCACUGACAGCAACUACAAUCAGGUUGUUGAGCAUCUUAAUGCAACACACCCUGAGGUUUUUCAACAGCUGGAUCUUAAGACCUGCAACUUAAAUACUUUUCUUAGUGAGGGAGUUGAAGGGACUGGUUUAGCCUUCAUUGUGUUCACUGAGGCUAUCACCAAGAUGCCCCUCUCACCGUUGUGGGCUGUCCUUUUCUUCAUAAUGCUCUUCUGUCUUGGCCUGUCUUCUAUGUUUGGUAACAUUGAGGGAGUUCUAGUACCACUGCAAGACCUCAAGGUCUUCCCUAAGACAUGGCCAAAAGAGGUUGUCACUGGUGUAACGUGCAUGCUCUGCUGUCUGGUGGGUCUGAUAUUUAUCCAAGGCUCAGGAAGCUAUUGGCUUUCACUCUUUGACACCUAUGGAGGAUCCAUCCCUCUGCUAGUUGUUGCAUUCUGCGAGAUGAUCUCAGUGGUGUACAUAUAUGGGAUAGACAGGUUCAAUGAUGAUAUUAAGUUCAUGAUUGGACACAAACCCAACUUCUUCUGGCAGGCGUCAUGGAGAGUCAUCAGCCCACUCAUCAUGUUUAUCAUCUUGGUCUUUUACUUCGUCACUAAAGUUUCUGAAAAGAUCGUUUACAAAGCCUGGAAUCCUGAAUCGAAUACAUUCCCCACACUGGAAGAAAAGCCAUAUCCAGUCUGGAUCUAUGCGAUCAUCUUUAUAUUGGCAGGGAUACCCAGUCUUGCUGUGCCUUUCGUUUGUGUCUGGAAAUGCUUAAAGUCAAAGAAGAGGGAUAAGCCACCUCUCGAUAAUAUCUCUGACCAAAUUCAAAUGAACAAUGAGAGCAAAAAAUCCACAGCCUAAUAUUGUGGUAAAAUCCCCAAUUUUCUAUUUUGCUCUUUUUCAAGAACAUUUAAGUGGUUGCUAUCAUGGUUUAAUCGACGCAAUUUUAAAAUAGAAGGCAUAGCUUUUCUGAACAGAACUCUGUGGUUCCUCAGCCACCUGUGACAGCGCUCACUUCUUAGCAGUGAAUCAGGUGACAAUAUGUAAAGCUGUAAAAUUCAAAAGACACAGCUACAUAACAAUUUGCUUUAAGGUUGGUCUGUUUCCUGUUAAUUCAAAGACGUCUCCCAAAACAGUAGCUUAUUGGCUUUCUAUUCUCUCAGUUAUUUGUCGAGUAGUAGUGUGGCUUUCUGCAAGGCAUCACUCUCAGAUUACCCGUCGUAAAAAGACCUUGUCAUCCUAAAAACACCAGAAACAAUGUCCUCAAACAAUGUCAUUGAGUGCAUUGAGCUAACAACAAAUCUGUAUACUAUCACUUUUGUGAAGGCAAUACAUUUGGCUAAUACAAUGGUAUUACAUUUGUAUUGUGUCCAAUUAAUGCAAAGAAAUGAAAAUCUACUGAACGCAGGAUCUUAGUGCAUGGGUUGAUCUUUCAGACGGCUUAAGUAUGAUUUGACUAUUCCAUGUAGCCAUUUGAGAAUGAGAGGAGGUGCUGCUCUUGUCCUUCUGGGUCAAAAUUGAAAAUGUUUUUGUCGCUUUUUUUUAACAUGUUUUUGUCGCUUUUUUCAACGCUUUUUAUACAUAGUCAAUACACCUAAUUUAUUUGACAUUAUACCUAAUUUUUGAGUUAAAAAAAAGCAAUAAUUAUGAAUUAUUUUUGACUAAUAGUUCAGAGGAUGUUGAGUGGAUCACAGACUGGUAUCGGUCAGUAAGUUGUAAGUUUAGUCAGGAUAUACUGUUUUGAUUUCUUUUUUCAAAUGCUAUAAAAUUGUAUUAAACACCCAAAACUCAAUGAAAGUUAGUAUUUAUUUUUCCUGGGAAGAAUAUUGUGGUUCCAUACGUCCAAUGUACAUCCAUGCAUCCAUGUUAUUAUUUAAUAACAAGCAAUUUGGUUGAAUAUUUCUGAUAUAAAAAACUUUGAAAACGGGUCUAAUUUGACCCGAGGACAACACAAAGGUUAAGCCAUGUAAUGAAGGUGCACCCAUCUGUCCAGCUGGGGGCACUACUGUGACGUAUUUGAGAAGUAAAUUAAAUAUUGAUUAAAUCAGCUGCAUAGUGUUGUGUUAUUUUAAAUCCCUUAGAUUCUGCAUUUGUCUGUAAUAAAAUAAAACUGAUUGACACUA